AUGGGUUACCAGAACGAAUCAGUGACCAGAACAACGACGAAUAACUCUUCAAAUAUUUUAGAAAGAUUCAGCGACAGCACCACAACAUCGAUGAUGACCACCGCCACCACCAAUGUCAUUGUCGCGAAACCAAACAACGGCAACAAACGACCAACCAUCAUAGUUUAUCCCACUGUGACGCCCGAGUCGAUAGUUGUGCCGAUAGUUUCGUGUAUAUUCGGCUUUCCAAUAUUGGCGCUAACAAUAAUAUGCUGUUUGCGACGGAGAGCAAAAUUGGCCAGAGAACGUGCUCGUCGCCGUAAUUGUGAAUUAGACCGGGGCGAGCUGUCUGUCGUGAGAUUAUCUCCAGUGAAGGCCAGGCCCCGCGCAGUCAGCCUCGUCAGAUCGCCCAGGCCGCCACCCACCUUGGAGCUAGACACGGUGCUCGAGGAACGCUCUGAUCCUGAACAAACUACGUUCUCACAGGUCGAAAUAACACCAGACCGCGAAGUUGGUUCAAUUCUAUUCAGCACAAUGGGUGCCGUGGGAAGCGCGGCUCUGACGGCGGCGAGCUGUGCGCGGGACAGCUAG